AUGAGGUAUAACUUGGUGAGCCUCUGCUCAAUGCCUGCAGUCCUCCCUCCUCUUGGUCUGGUAUCCGCACAGCACUCCCUCCCUCGCUUUGCAACCUAUCAGGAGGCCAAGCUCCAUGUCAGAUGUUUCAAACUGGCAGCCCAUGGGCUGGGUCUGGCCUACCAGUUCAAUUUGCCCAGCCUGCAAACUCCUCUUCAAGAACUGGAAUUGACUUGGAAAGAGGGAGAGAGGAUUGGAGAGAAGUUGGUCAGUAGGAUCGGCGAGGAGAUGCUGAGCAACAUCAGAGAUCAUCAGCUUGUGGAGUUCGUGGGGAUGAUCAGAGAGGAUUUUGCAAAGAUCAUCAGACGCAAUGUAGUGACGAGGAUCAAAGAGAACAUGAUGAUAAGAGUCGGACAGAACGUGGCAAAUGAGUUUGCGAGGGAGCUUCGCAUUGAGCCGGCUGUUGAGGAUUCGCCAGUGAAGAAGUUGAGAUGUAAUUUGGUGAUGGUUGCCGAAGAGAUAGCAAAAGGGGGUUACAGGGAGAAGGCUUUGAAGCCCAUUGGAGAUGAUGUGCUGAAAAUCAUCGGGGAGCCACUCAAGAAUAUCGAAGAGAUCGUGUCGGAGAGGAUCGGAGAGGAGAUGGUGUGGAGCGUUGCAGAAAGGGUGGUGAGGAACAUCACAGAAGAUAAUGCGAGGAGCAUCGGAGUGGAGGUAGUGAGAAAUGCAGAAGAGAUAGUGUUGAGGAGGAUUGGGCAGGAAGUGGUGAAUGAGAUCAGAGCACAAAGAAGCAAGACUCACGUCGGGGAAGCGGCCUUAAGCCGGAGAGAAGAGCUCAUGAAGAGGAUCGGGAUGGAGAUGGAGGAAAUCGAGCACUCACUCCUUCUCCAGGAGGGAGGUUUGGGGGAUAUGAUUGCAAAGUUGGAGAAUAUAAAAUAUUUGGUGGUGAUUGGGAUCAGUGUGAAGGUGGUGAGGAUGAUCGGAAAGAUGGCAGUGGCAAGGUUUGCUGGAAUCGCAACAGAAGACGUGAGGAAGGAGGCGGUGAAGAGGAUCGAAGUGGAGCUGCUGAGGAACAUCAGGGCAGAACUUCUAAGGAACAUCACAACAGAGCUUCUGAGGAACAUUGAUGAUAUGCAGGGCAUAUAUGUACAUGCAUGGUGUCAUGAGCAGAUGCAAGACAUGCAGUGGUGGGGAAUUGUGAAGAAUCCAAUGAAUGUGAUUAAGUGUGAACUAGAAACUGUCUUCCAAGAAGAACUUGCCAGAUGUGUUCAAGAUAUAUGGAGGGAAACAUUAAGGAAUAUCAGAGAGGAGAAGGUUAAGAUGAUUGAAGAUGGGGAAAGUGAGAUGUUCACUGAAUUGAUGAACAGAAUCAAAGGCAUUCUAAUGGAGAAGGAGAUCUCAAAGCCUGAUCCUUACAAAAGAGAUGAAGGAGAAAGAGAGAGACUGUUUGAAGAGAGGCUGGAGAUGCAUGCUAAGGCAAUAUCACUCCAGAGUAUUGUGACAAAUGCAGUAAACAUGGUCAGGAGGGAAGUAGUGACAAUUGUCGAGGGAGUGAUACAAGAGAUCGAAAAGGAGGCAAAGGACCCGUUACGACAAGGUAUUUUCAGUAGCAUCGAAUAUCAUAAAAGAUGGAGCUUCCACGACAUCUGGAGUUUCAAUGGCAACUGGACUGUCAUUCCCAUUCCCCGCCACACUUCCUUGGACUCUCCUGGGACAUUUGAAGAUGUUGAUAUUCUCCGUUUUUCUGUCCUUUCUUCCUGCUCGCCUUUCUCUGAUUGGGGAUAUAUUUGGAUGGGUGAUAGAGGGGAAGUUCCAAUGGCUGCUGAUCAUGAAAACAACAGAAUUCUUGGUAUUCUGAGAAAAAUGGGGGUGGAGUGGGAAAAUGGCAAUCCUCCAGUGGCACUGGAGACCGGGAGAAUCAUUCCAGGAGGAGUGUUGGUGGCCCUGUCCCUCUGCCUCACGGGGUCACUCCUCCAUCUCCCUUUCUUGAAGAGCAGGUUUGACUUCUGGCAGGAUGAGGAGCCACAGGAUGUGCUCACUCUAAUCCAGCAAGGGGCGAACAUCCUGCGGAGGUGCAUCGUCCUCGUCGGGGAGGAACGAUCGUGUGAGUCCCACUCGACUGCCCCGCUUGAUUUUUCACAUGCCGCUUUCCCUUCGUCUGUGAUGUCAGCACACACCUUCCUCCCUGAAGGAAUGGAGGAGGUGGAGAGGAAGCAGAGGAAGGAAGAGAUGGAGAGGAGAUGGAAAAAGGAGGAGGAGGAGGAGAUGAAGGCAAGGCAGAGGAAGAAGGUGGAAAUGGAGAGGAAGCAAAGGAAGGAAGAGAGGAGGUGGUGGAGAGAGGAGGAGGAAAGGAGAUGGUGGUGGAGAAGGAGGAGGAGGAGGGAGGAGAUGGAGAGGAGGUGGUGGAGAGAAGAGGUGGAGAGGAGGUGGAGGGAGGAAGUGGUGGAGGAGGAGGGAGUAGAUGGAGAAGAUGUGGAGGAAGAGAGAAAGUGGAGAGGUGGAGGAGGAGAAGAGGUAGAGGAAGAGGUGGAGAGGAGGUGGUGGAGGAGAUGGUGGAGGAGGAGGAUUAGAAGGAGGAAAAUGAGGAGGAUGGAGGAGAAGGAAAGGUGUAGGAAGGAGGAGGUGGAAGGAGAUAUGAAUGAGAAUGACCAUAAUGAUGAAGACUGGCUCUGGAUUCUAUUGUUUGAGGACAACACUCAGUGCAUCCACCCUGUUGUUCCCUGUGGCGAUUCUGCCAGUGUGCCAUGGAUGUCAGUAAACCAUCUGCCCCCAAUCUAUGGACACGGCUCGCGUCCCACGACGGAAAGGAUAUCUUUUGGAGGGAGAGUUCAUGUAUUCUGGGACGACCACACGGUGCCCCUACUGUGGCAGCUUGAGAGGAUCCUGGCUGACUUGCCCCCACUCAGCCAAGAUUGGCUGAUAACUUUUCUGUCCAGGGUGAGGUACAAAAUACCAGUGGUUUUGACCUUGUAUCUCACAAAUGGGAUCGAGUUUGACUCGGUUCCACCCAGAUCUCUGUAA